CUCGCUGAAAGAAAGGAGUCUGAAGGUCCUGCAGAGAUCUAGUGAGCACUUUGGGCCCAUGGUCUCACGGAGCAGCUCCAGGAUGUUACAGCUGCUCCAGGGUCACAACCAGCCAGCUGGACAACGAAACCACAGAACCCGCCUGGUCACCAAAGACGGGCACUGCAACAUUGAGUUCGGGAACAUCGAGUACAGUAACCAGUUUGCGUACCUGGUAGACUUCUGGACCACCUUUGUGGAGAUUCGCUGGCGGUUUGUUCUCCUUUUGUUUGUGGCUGUGUUCACAGGCAGCUGGUUCAUUUUCAGCCUGCUGUGGUACUGGAUUGCAAAGAGCAACGGGGAUCUGGCUGGACAGAACCGCACAGAAGGACACAUCCAGUGUAUAGACAACGUUAACGGGCUCACAACGGCAUUCCUGUACUCGUUAGAGACCCAGACCACCAUUGGGUAUGGAGGCAGGGCACUGACUGGCCACUGUGCUGGCACGGUGGCUCUAAUUGUCAUCCAGUCUCUAGUUGGGGUCUUCAUCAACUGUUUCAUGUGUGGUAUCAUCCUAGCUAAAAUCUCCUUACCAAAGAAAAGGGCAAAGACUGUGACCUUCAGCGAUACAGCUGUCAUCUGCUUGAAGAAAGGAAGUCUGUGUCUCCUGAUCAGAGUGGCCAACCUUCGAAAGACCUUACUAAUCGGAAGCCAGAUCUAUGGGAAGUUGCUGAGGACAACGACCACACCGGAUGGCGAGACCAUCAUCCUGGACCAGGUGGAUAUUGACUUCAUGGUUGAUGCUGGCAAGGAUAACUUGUUUUUUGUUUGCCCCUUGACCCUGUACCAUGUGAUUAACAGAUCGAGUCCAUUCUUUGAUCUGUCGGCUGACACCCUUCCUCAGCAGGACUUUGAAUUGGUGGUCUUUUUGGAUGGGACAGCCGAGUCCACCAGCUCCUCCUGUCAGGUCCGAACUUCCUACAUCCCACAGGAGAUCCAGUGGGGAUACAGCUUUCUGCCGAUUAUCUCCCGCACCAAGACAGGAAAGUACCGUGUGGAUUUUUCUAACUUUUCCAAGAGCGUCCGGGUCACCACUCCACACUGCGUCCACUGCUUUGAGGCCGACGUAGACCAGAGAAACCACAACAACCACAGCCAAGAAAAUCACAAUAACCAGCAAAAGAGGGGGAUUGAUAACCCGGGCUUUCAGGUGAUUGACAUACAUGACUCUGUGGAUGUCACUACAAUGUGAGCUGGUAGAAAAGGAGCCUACGCUUUCAUUGAAACAGUGAAUCAGGAUGUGGGAAGUAAAGUGUGAAAAAUUGGCGCCUGUCACUUCCUUUGAAGCAGUUUCACUCUAAGUCAGACUGCACCAGCGAAGAAAUAUUUGGUCACGGUGAACCAUUCAGCAUCUGAAUCGUUGUCAGCUCUUUUGCCUUAAACAGAACGAACAUCCACAGCUGUUAAACUGUUUGAAAAAAAAUCAGACAGAGUGGGAGUUGCUCAUUGCAAUCAAACCUCUGUUGGGACUUUGAAUAGGUAACGUCAGAAAGAUGGAUUGUAGCUCUGACGCACAGAAAAUGAAAGGGGGUAAAAGAGCGGAUGCACAGUGGGUACUUCUUGAGAAGAUUAGGACCUGAGCCUGUUAUAAUGAAAAGUGUGUGCCUUAAAGGCUGCAGGAGGAAAUAAAAGGUAGUGCCUUUUGAGUUUGCAUAUUAUUUCUAUUACAACACUAACUUUGUGGUGUUUUUUGUCAUUUUGACAGAUCCUGUAUGCCUGAAUAAUUAGGAAACUGGGAUUUUAACUGUGACCAGUCUACAUUUUGUAGAUCAUCCUGUG